AUGUCCGGCUACGACCGAGCUCUAUCAGUGUUCAGUCCCGAUGGACACGUCUUCCAGGUGGAAUAUGCUAUGGAGGCCGUGAAGCGCGGAACCUGUGCCGUCGGUGUCAAAGGAAAGGACAUCGUCGUCCUCGGUUGCGAGAAGCGCUCCGCCCUCAAGCUCCAAGAUACCCGCAUUACCCCUUCGAAGAUUGCACUCGUUGACGACCACGUUUGUCUUGCUUUCGCUGGCUUGAAUGCCGAUGCCCGUAUCCUGAUCGACAAAGCCCGGCUAGAGGCCCAGUCCCACCGUCUCACCGUCGAGGACCCCGUCACCAUCGAAUACAUCACCAAGUACAUUGCUAGCGUACAACAGAGAUAUACACAGAGUGGUGGUGUCCGCCCAUUCGGUAUUAGUACGCUGAUUGUUGGCUUCGACCAAAACGAUGGGACACCGCGCCUGUACCAGACCGAGCCCUCCGGCAUUUACUCCGCUUGGAAAGCAAACGCUAUCGGCCGAUCCAGCAAGACUGUCCGCGAGUUCCUCGAGCGCAACCAUCAGGAUGAGAUGGACCGUGAGCAGACCAUCCAGCUGACUAUCAAGUCAUUGCUGGAGGUUGUGCAGACUGGCGCCAAGAAUAUCGAAGUGGCCAUCAUGGCCCCCGGCAAGCGCGUGGAGAUGCUACCCGAUGACCAGAUCGAGGCCUACGUCAAGAGCAUCGAGACCGAGAAGCAGGAAGAGGCAGCCAAGAAGAAGACCAGCCGGACAGGUACCACCACAGCCGCCAUUUUGACUCGGGGUGGCGAGUCGGCAGAGUAG